AGAGAUUCAGUCAUGGGGAAUCGAUGAUUUAGUUAAACCUUUUCAUGGCUUCAAUCUUACAGAAUGUGUUGAUGGCCCUGACCAUGACGAUGAACAAGUUCGCCUCGUCCAACGUCCAGGCCAUCCCAAGAAGCGAAGGCCGGCGGCGGAAACCGAGGGCCGCUCCGGCGGACUCCCAGCAAUCAGGCGUCGGGACCAGACGGUGUCUCCUCCUCCUGUCCGCGGCCGCCACCGCUCCCCAAGCCGCUGCCGCCGGCAAUUCGCAGACCGAGCUUCUCAAGAUCGUUUUAGGGUAUUUGAAGAAAUCGGAGGAAAAUAAAGAGAAAAAUGACAAAGAGAGGCUGGAGAGCUACUACAAGAGAAACUACAAGGACUACUUUGAGUUUGUGGAAGGGUCAUUGAGGAAUAAGAAGGAGCAGCUCACGGAAUCGGAGAAGGCCAUUCUCGAUUGGCUUCGAAGUAACAAAUGAUCAGAGAGUCUUCUCUCUCUCUUUUCUCUUAUAAUUGUUUCUUCUAUUUUUGUUAGAAAAGCCUCCUCAAUUUGAUGUAUAUAUCUUCGUUCA